AUGUGGUUCCUGGCCCUGUGCCUUGCCCUGGCCCUGGCCGGUACUGGUGCUGCUCCCCCCAUCCAGUCCCGGAUUGUGGGAGGCUGGGAUUGUGAGGACCCCCAACCCUGGCAGGUGGCCGUGUACCAUUACAACCGCUUCGAGUGCGGGGGCGUCCUGGUGGACCCCCAGUGGGUGCUCACGGCUGCGCACUGCAUAAGCGACAAUUACCAGCUCUGGCUGGGUCGCCACAACCUGUUUGAUCAAGAAGACACAGCACAGUACGUCCAGGUCAGUAAGAGCUUCCCACACCCUCAGUUUAACCUGAGCCUCCUGAAGAACCACACCGUCCACCCAGGGGAGGACUACAGCUACGACCUCAUGCUGCUCCGCCUGGUGGAGCCCGCGGAGAUCACUGACACCGUGAAGGUCGUGGAGCUGCCCACCCAGGCACCCCAGCUGGGGAGCACCUGCUUCGCCUCUGGCUGGGGCACCAUCCAAUCCUAUCCAAUGGAGUUCCCAGAUGAGCUCCAGUGUGUGGACCUCAAAAUCCUGCCCAACGAUGUGUGUGCCAAAGCCCACCCAGAGAAGGUGACAGAUGUCAUGUUGUGUGCUGGACAACUGAAGGGUGGCAAGGACACCUGCUUGGGUGACUCAGGGGGCCCGCUGAUCUGCGACGGUGAACUUCAAGGAAUCACGUCCUGGGGCCACAUCCCGUGUGGCCUGCCCAAUAUGCCCGGCGUCUUCACCAGAAUUCUGCCCCUCGUGGACUGGAUCAAGGAGACCAUGGCAGCCAAUGCCUGA